AUGACCGUGGUAAAUAAGAAGAUUGUCCUGAUUACCGGCGCCGCCGCCGGCAUCGGCCUCGAAGUUGUCAAAGCCAUUGCCGCCUCGCAACAGGCCAGUUACGAGAUCCUCUUAUCCGCACGCAGGCUUACCCAGGCACAGGCGGCGUCCGAGGGAAUCUCACGCAACUUGCCCUCUGCAGCAACCACUGUGGUUCCCUUGGAGAUUGACGUUUCGUCCGACAAGUCCAUCGAGGAUGCCGCCCAGCUGAUACAGAGCCGAUAUGGCCGCAUCGAUGUCCUCGUCAACAACGCUGGUCUUUUGCCCGACUUCGCCGUCACCAGCGGCGAACUUUCUCUGCGCGAGGGCUGGAGCAGGGCAUGGGACAUCAAUGUCACUGCCUCGCACGUCAUGACGCAUACCUUCGCGCCCCUUCUCUUGCGCUCUAGCGACCCUCGGCUUCUCUUUGUCACCAGCAGCACAUCAACCCUCGCCGGCACCGAGAACGGCGACCUGCCAACCAACAAACCCUCCAAUAAAGGCUGGCCCAAGACGCAAAUGCGCACCAUGGUCCCCUCGUACCGCUGUUCUAAGGCUGGGCUGAACAUGAUGAUGAGAGAAUGGCACCGCAUGCUCAAAGAUGACGGCGUCAAGACCUGGGCCGCCUCGCCGGGGUUUCUGGCAACGCGUCUCGGCGGUGAUCAAGAAGCCAACAAAAAGAUGGGCGCCGGCGACCCUGCACUCGGCGGUGGCCUUAUCAAGGAUAUAAUAGAGGGUGGAAGAGAUGCAGAUACUGGCAAGGUCAUUACCCGCGACGGCAUUCAGCCUUGGUAA